AUGGCGUCUGCUGACGUGGCAACAAAGAGCGGAGGAAGCAAACCUAGCGGCGGCAAGCACGACGGCAUGUGGGCGCAUGAUGAGAAGCAAAAGGAUAUCCGCAGGCAGAACAUCAUCGCCGCAAAGGCUGUCGCCGAUGCGGUGCGCACCAGUCUGGGGCCUCGUGGGAUGGAUAAAAUGAUCCAAGGGCCACGUGGAGAUGUCCUCAUCACCAACGACGGUGCGACGAUCCUCAAUGAAAUGGCUGUCGUCCACCCUGUAGCCAAAAUGAUGGUGGAGCUGUCGAAGGCGCAAGACGUGGAGGCAGGAGACGGAACAACAAGUGUAGUGGUGCUAUGUGGGGCUCUUCUCGAAGCGUCCCAGCAGCUGCUCGACCGCGGUGUGCACCCUCAGCUCAUCGCCUCCUCUUUCCUCGAAGCCAGCAAGCAGUCGGAAAAGAUCUUGCAGGACAUGGCGGUGCCUGUGGACCUGAACGACCGCGAGAAGCUCAUUCAAAUUGCUGCGACAUCCCUCCAGUCGAAAGUCGUCAGCCACAACGCGAAGCUCCUGGCGCCCAUUGCUGUCGAUGCUGUCAUGAAGGUUCUGCCUGAGGGCGGGGAUGUCGACACCGUGGACCUGAACGAUAUCCGCGUGGUGAAGAAGCUAGGCGGCACGGUCGACGAAAGCGAGUUGGUCAAGGGCAUUGUCAUGGUCGACCAGAAAGUCUCGAAGAGAGCGGGCGGGCCUUCCAGGAUUCAGAAUGCAAAAAUUGGUCUGAUCCAGUUUUGUCUGUCGGCUCCCAAGACGGACAUGGAGAACAACAUUGUGAUCAAAGACUACACAGCCAUGGACCGCAUGCUGCGAGAAGAGCGCAUUUUGAUUGCCAAGAUGGUCAAGCAAAUCGCCGCCACCGGAUGCAACGUCUUGCUCAUCCAAAAGAGCAUUCUCAGAGACGCCGUCAACGAUCUUUCUCUCGAUUACUUGGCAAAAGCCAAGAUCAUGGUGGUUCAAAACAUCGAACGCGAGGACGUCGAGUUCAUCAGCAGGACUCUCGGCUGCCAACCAGUCGCGUCGCUCGACCACUUCACGGCGGACAAACUCGGACAUGCAGACCUUGCUCAGGACGAAAUGGUCGCCGGCGGCGGCCACAUUGUUCGCAUCACGGGAGUGAACGCGAAGAACACCGUCACAGUUUUGCUGCGGGCGUCCAACAACCUGAUGUUGGACGAAACUGAGCGUUCUCUCCACGACGCUCUCUGUGUGGUCCGAUGCCUCGUCAAAAGAAGACAGCUUCUCCCAGGCGGUGGAGCUGUCGAGGCCGAACUCUCUCUCAGACUGAACGAGUGGGCUAGGACGCUCCCAGGCGUUCAGCAGCUGUGCGUCAGAAUGUACGCAGAGGCGCUCGAGCUGAUCCCCUACACUCUCGCCGAGAAUGCAGGUUUGAGCCCGCUGGAAAUUGUCACAGACCUGAAGCUGAAGCAUGCGCAAGGCGAAAAGCUCGUCGGCAUCAAUGUGCGUCAAGGCUGUGUGUCGAGCAUGGUUGACAUCAACGUGCUGCAGCCCUUGCUGGUUAGCUCCAGCGCGGUGAAACUCGCCACUGAGGCAGUGAUGAUGAUUUUGAAGAUCGACGACAUCGUCAUGUGCCGGUAA